GCUCGGUCGCCUGCAUCGCAGCUGCGUCUUGUUGUCUUCCUUCCACGCGAUGCGCCGCGCCCUUCUCGAAGCGUGCGAGCGUGCAGAUCGGCCCCCGCCCGGCCGGCUAUCGCUUCCGAGCCGUCACUCCCCAGCACCCGUCUUCACACCAGCCAGAGCGGAGGUCUCGACAAAGCUUGCAGUCGUGCCCCUUGGAGUCACAUCUUUCUCCUGGUCUGCAUCAUUGCUCCGGGUUGCGUUUUCAUAGCAGUCCUCAUAACGUUCCAAUCUCUCAUGUACCGUCACGGCCUCUGUAG